AUGCCUUUCAAACCAAACACCGUGCGGAUGAAGCAUCUGCUUGCUGUGGCACUUGGCACACCUUUCUUCAUCAUUUGCUUUGUUGAAGCUUUAGUGUAUCGGCACUCACAGGGACCUAACAAACUUGCUAAUUAUUUCGUCACUUCAACACUUCUGUACCUGAAAUAUGAGCUAACAUUUGCGCUUUGCGUGUUUCUUAUGGAAUAUUUGAAAUGUACGUUUGGGCGAUUACGCCCUCACUUCCUCGCAGCUUGUCAGCCUGAUUGGUCACAAAUGGAUUGCACGGGAAAGGACUCCAUUCCAGCUUCUCAAACAUACUGCACGUCCGAUGUCCGCCGUGUUCGUACAGCCCGAACAUCGUUUCCAUCCGGCCAUACUGCUGCAGCCUUUCAUGUUUUGCUUUUCUUAGGGUUGUAUCUAACGAGGUAAGA